AGCAAGAUUUCAUUACAUCUGAGAAUAAAGGUUUAACCCGAGAGGAUAUAGCCCCACCUCCCUCUCCCUCUUGAGCGCGACAAGAUCUUGCUUUUCCACAUUCUUUCCACUGCUUUCAUGAUGGCUGUUCAUCUCGCAGUGAACUCUGCUAGAAGAAAUGGAUUUGUUUUUCUCAGGUCCAGCACAGGAGCUGUGGACAUCAGAAGAAGGCCAGUGGGUAAUGCAAGUGCUGCUGUCACUGAUCAGGACAGCCAGAGGAAACUCAAGACUGCAUCUGAUCUCCCAGAGAUCACAACCUUUAGGAUGAUGUGCAGACUGUUGUUUAAAGGAUACUUGAAUCGCACGCAUGAGAUGCAGUUAUACGAGAAACAGCUUUAUGGUCCCAUGUACGUUGUAAAUGCUGGAAACUAUAAGACCAUUUCAAUAAACAGUGUAGACUUACUGGAGGAACUGCUCAGAAAAGAUGAAAAGUUUCCCUCUAGAGGUGACAUGACUGUGUGGACAGAAUACCGUGACAUGAGAGGCUUCGGCUACGGCCCAGUUACAGAAGAAGGAGAAAAAUGGUACAAGCUGCGCACAGUGCUGAACAAACGUAUGCUUCAUCCAAAAGACUCGGUUCAGUAUGGGGAUGUGAUUAAUGAGGUGGUCACAGAUUUCAUCAAAAGGAUUUACCAUCUGCGUGAAGUCAGCACCUCUGGUGAUUUGGUCUCUGAUCUGACCAAUGAACUUUACCGCUUCUCUCUCGAAGGCAUAUCAUCUAUUCUGUUUGAGACACGCAUUGGUUGCCUGGAGAAAGAGAUCCCUGCCGAGACACAAGAUUUUAUUGACUCCAUUGCACAAAUGUUCAUCUACACCAUGCCUGUAGUAAUGCUGCCAAAGUGGACUCGUGAUUACUUACCAUUCUGGCGACGGUACCUCAAUGGCUGGGACGGCGUAUUCAAAUUUGCUGUUAAACUGAUUGACAUGAAGAUGGAGGAUCUUCAAAAGCGUGUGGAUGCUAAUCAGGAGGUUGCUGGGGAGUAUCUCACCUACCUGCUUUCUAAUGUCAAGAUGUCCAAAAAAGAGAUUUAUGGAAGCAUUGCUGAACUGCUGUUGGGUGGGGUGGAUACAACCUCCAACACUUUGACGUGGACCUUGUAUCUGCUAUCAAGAGACCCAGAAGUUCAAGCUACUCUGUAUGAGGAGGUAAACCGCAUUGUAAAGAGUGACAGAGUCCCGACUGCGCAGGAAGUCAACAGCAUGCCUUACCUAAAAGCUGUCAUUAAAGAAACACUGAGAAUGUAUCCUGUGAUCUCCAUGAAUUCUCGUAUCAUGGCAGAAAAUGACGUGGUCAUUGGUGGACACUUUUUCAAUAAAAUGACAACAUUCACCAUUUGCCACUAUGCGAUAAGCAAAGAUGAGAAGGUGUUUCCAGAGCCAAGAAAGUUCAAACCUGAGCGUUGGCUCCGAGAUGGCCGAGCCAGGCCCAACCCGUUUGGGUCGAUCCCAUUUGGUUUUGGAGUCAGAGGUUGUGUUGGUCGUCGCAUUGCUGAACUGGAGAUGUAUCUGGCUUUGGCCAGGAUAAUCAAGUUAUUUGAAAUCAGACCAGACCCAACAAUAGGUGAGGUUCAAGCAAUCAAUCGCACAGUGCUUGUGGCAGAUAGACAGGUCAACUUUCACUUUGUGGAGAGAUAAAACACACCAUCUCGGUCUUAGCUGGAGAAGACAGCUUAAAGGGAUAGUUCACCUAAACAUUUUUAUUCUGUCAUUAUUUAUAAGAAGAUAUUUUGAUAAAUAAUGAUAAACACACAUUUGAUGGUACCUAUUGACUUCCAUAGCAUUUGUUUUAUACUGUGAGCUUACCAUCAUUUAUCCCUUUAAAAAAGAAAUGCUUAAUAUGACGUGUAUUCAUAUUGGCGUCAGUGAGUAAUGUAAUGUUAAACUAUGAAUAAUGUUCCAUUAAAAUGUGAUAAUGUUGUGAUUUUGCAAUUUUAAGAACAACACUGUGAAAAAACUUUCUUUUUUUGAAUAGCUUUGUUUAUAAAAAAAAUAUUUGUGCAUUGUAUUUAAUUAUUUUGAUAUAUAAAUGUAUUUUAUGUAUAACUUGUAUAACAAUCAAUUAAAAUUUAUAAGGAAUUCAGAA